AUGGCCUAUUCUCCUAUAUCUGAAGAACUCAAGUAUGGGCCACUAAAAAAUCGUCGCUGCACAGACGUUUUAAUCUGCCUUGUAUUUACCGCCUUCUUGAUUUGCUUCUUUUCAGUUGGUAUUGCAGGCUUUGCCCAAGGCAACCCCGAUCUCAUUCUUUAUCCUCACGACUCCUCAGGAAACCUCUGUGGCCGCCCAGAUACAGUUACAUCAAGCUAUAAAUACAUAUAUUACCCAACCCCCACAGACGACACUGACUAUAAAGUUUGCGUAAAAAGUUGCCCUACAGAUUCCAGUGAUGUAAAAUGUCACCCAAAUACCUGGGUUACUAGCUGUUCUUUUGAAAUAAGAAAUUCAGAUAAUUCAACAAGUAAAGUUGACCCUUAUGUAAGUGAUGAAUACCUUAAACGGUAUUGUAUGCCUGAUAAAAGUGCUGCAGAUGACCUAGAUGAAGAUUUUAAUAAAGUGAUAGAUGCGGUAUAUGAAGAUUCUCUGAGAGGCUGGGCUUCAGAUAUUUAUAGGUGCUGGACUGCGAUUUUGAUUGUUUUAGCCCUUGCGAUUGGAUUUUCAGUGUUGUAUUUGGUAUUAUUGAGAUAUUGUAUAGGGCUUAUGAUUUGGCUUGUUAUACUGGCGUGUAUUGGAUUGCUUAUUCUUUUUGCAGCUUAUAUGGAUUAUGAAGCAGAUAAUACAUACUCUGGGGACAAUCAUGAAAAAACCAGAAAAGCUUUAAGAAUUUGUGCGAUUUUUGGGUAUAUUAUGAUUGGAGUUUUUAUAUUUUUACUUUUAUUCAUGAUAAGAAGAAUCAAUUUAGCAAUCGCAGUGAUGAAAUCAGGAGCUAUUUUUAUGAAAGACGUUUGGUGGAUAAUUAUAGUCCCCAUCAUUGUAUUUUUGGCUGGCUUUGCAUUUUAUAUUUACUGGGUGCUUGCUUUGGUCUAUAUUUAUUCUAGUGGGAAAUUAGAAGAUAAAGACAGCUAUGAAAAAUUCUCUCACAUGUCCUGGAACGACUCUACCAGGAAUUCCUUUCUAUUUGAAUUUAUCGGUGUACUAUGAAUAAACUCAUUCAAAAUAGCCUUAUCUCAAUUUGUUAUUGCAAGUGCAGUGUGCUUUUGGUAUUUCUCAGACUCCCGUCUAUCAUUGACUCAUCAUAUAUUAUCACGAUCAGCUUAUAAUGCAUUCCGAUACCAUUUGGGUUCCCUUGCUUUUGGAAGUUUACUAUUAGCAAUUAUUAAAUUUAUCAAAUGGUAUCUUAUUCUCCUAGAAAUUAUGCCUAAUUACAAUGAAUAAAAGCAUAUCUACAUAAGUUACCUAUAUAAAAUAGGAUAAUGGCUAAUAGUUUUUUUUUCAUUACAAUUAGGUAUAUUUACUUUAAAAUAAAUUAAUAAAUAUAAAAAUUCAGCCAAUUUAAGAAUAUUUUAUUUUCCUCAAAGAAAAAGUCCACAAAGAAGGACUCGACAAAAACUGCUGUGUCAAAUUUUUAUGUGGCUGCGUAGGAUGCUAUGUGGCUUGUUUUGAAAGGUUUAUCAAAUACAUUGACAAGCACGCCUACAUCCAAGUUGCUUUAUCUGGCGAUAAUUUCUGUAAAGCCGCCAAAAACGCGUUUGAAAUCACAUUAGAAAACGCUGCAAGAUUUGCUGCAUUAGGCAGCAUUGGCGACAUUUUUACUUUUAUAGGAAAAUUCUUCAUUACAACCUUAUCAAGCUAUUUUGGCUUUCUCAUCAUUACCCACUGUUCUAUUUAUUCUGAUCACAUCCAGUCCCCAAUCCCUGCUACCCUCGUCUUUAUCAUAGUAAGCUACUCAGUUUCCGGGCUUUUUGUAGGGGUUUACGAGAUGUCCUGUGACACCAUAAUUCAAGUCUUCCUCGUCGACGAAAAAAUUCAUAAAGGCUCUCCUCAAUUUGCCCCUGAGCCACUUAAAGAUUUCAUGCACGAACAUAGAAAUAAAGAGCAUAAGCCAUGCUGCGGUUUCUUCUAA